AUGCAAUGGUUUCGUGAGAUUGAACGUUGCACCACUAGAGGAAGCAACAAAACUCUUGUUUAUCAUGGCGUCAACAUUGAGAAUAUCAAAUGUAUCUACAAAUUGGCAGAAUAUGAUUUUGUCAUUACACUAUCGAGCCUGACUGUAGUCCCACACAGGAACUCAAAACAUAUUGAUGAUGAUGUGUCCAGGAGGAAGUCAGUUCUGCAUUCCGUGAAGUGGUAUAAUUUUUAUAUUGAAAUACCUUUAAAGCUGAGAUCUAAUAAUGAGGAGCGUAGAGAUGUGAUGGUGUUUUUGAAGCACAGAAUUCUGGAAAAAUUAGUGCUAAAACUUACCAAAAAAGAAAGAGUUGCUGAUCUUGCACUCUCCACAAAGACUGUUCAGGUUACAACGAGUAUAGAUUCUUUGGAUAUUGGUGAAUAUGAAACCUACAAGACAUUGUUCCGUAGAAGUCGAGAACAAUUGGAUAGUGUCCACGAUGGAACUCUGAUGAAAAACUAUUUUCUCAUGUUUCCUAUGAUAGUACUCCUACGGCAGGUAGUUGAUCAUCAUUACUACGGGUCAUUAACAGAAUUGGCCAGUGGCAAUAAAGAGGCUGGAGAUGUUGAACAAGCAUGUGACUUAUGUCAGGAUGCAGUGGAAGAUCCAGUAUUUACAUCUUGCAGCCACGUGUUUUGCAAGGCAUGUUUGAUAGAUUUUGUUGAAAGUAUGGGGAGAAUGGCAUGCCCUUCAUGUACCGAACCCCUCACAUUUGACUUCACUGCAAAUAAUGAUAACGGAGAUUCUAAUUCUGAACCUACUGUCAAGGGGUUUAGCUCCUCCAGUAUAUUGAACAAAAUUCAUCGAAAUGAAUUCAAGACAAGCACUAAAUUAGAAGCUUUGAAGAAAGAAAUUAGCGUCAUGGUUGAAAGGGACAAAUCUGCAAAAGGAAUAGUUUUUAGCCAGUUUACAUCAUUUUUGGAUCUGAUACAACAUUCUCUUGAUCUGUUGGGCGUCAAUUGUGUUCAAUUAGUUGGAUCCAUGUCUGUUACUGCAAGAGAUGCUGCAGUCAACAAGUUCACUGAGCAUUCAGAUUUCAGGAUAUUGCUUAUGAGCUUGAAAGAUGGAGGUGUUUUCUUAAUGGAUUCAUGGUGGAAUCCUGCGGUGGAGCAGCAAGCCCAAGAUAGAAUCCAUCGAAUAUGGCAACAUAAACCAGUCAAGAUCAUAAGAUUUGUGAUUGAGGAUACAAUUGAAGAGAAAAUCUUAGAGUUACAAGAGAGGAAGAAAUUACUUUUUGAAGGGACAGUCGGUGGUUCUCCAGAGGCCUUAGGAAAGCUAACAGAUCAGGACUUGGAAUCACUGAAGCUUCUGCAUUCUGUUAGAAGACUAGUGACAUUCUGCCAGCGACGCUACCCAACUAUGCCAUUGCCAUCCAAUUCUGUGAAGUUCAAUAGCCUUGCAAAUGACAGUGACUUGCAUUCUCUGCGUGCACGAGAGAAAAGGACAGAUAAGAGGAAACAUGAUCGAAAGAGGAAACAAAAGGAAAGAGGAAAUAUUUUGAUAUGGGAGUUAGUGGAACAAACAAUGGAUGAAUUCCUUUUUAAGAAACAUUCAGAUGAUCUAGACUUGGGUAAUCAGAACGCGGAAUCGCUUUCUGAAACUGUUGAGCCACCAUCAAAUUUCAUCUUGCCAUUAUUGAGGUACCAAAAGGAGUGGUUAGCUUGGUCAUUAAACCAAGAAAACUCUCAAAUCAAAGGGGGUAUUCCUGAUGAAACAGGAAUGGGGAAGACUAUUCAAGCCAUUGCUCUCGUGCUUGCUCAACGCGAAUUACAAAAAGAUUCCUUGUCAUAUUCACCUGAGCAACUCCUCCCAGUAGUAAAAGGAACUCUUGUUGUAUGUCCUGUGAUUGCAGCAAUGCAAUGGUUUCGCGAGAUUGAACGUUGCACCACUAGAGGAAGCAAUAAAACUUUUGUUUAUCAUGGUGCCAAAAUGGAGAAAUGUAUGUACAAACUGGAGGAAUAUGAUUUUGUCAUUACUACGUACCCCACUAUCGAGGCUGACUAUAUGCCCAAACUGUCAAAGAAGGGCGGCAAGAACUCAAAAAAGCGCAGCAGGAACUCAAAACCUGCUGAUGAUGAUGUGUCCAGGUUGAAGUCAAUUCUGCAUUCGGAGAAGUGGAAUCGUAUAAUAUUGGAUGAGGCUCAUUAUAUCCAAUCUGUAGACAGCAACGCCACAAAAGCGGUUCUUGCUUUAGAAUCUACAUAUAAGUGGGCCUUAACUGGUGCACACCUGCAAAUUGAAGUAUUGUACCCAUUAGUCCGUUUCUUAAGAGCUGAUCCUUAUGCUUAUUACUUUUGCGAAGAUUGUGAUGGCAAAGGACUUGAUUUUAGAUUCUCUAAUCCAAUGUGCCCCCACAAUUGUGCUCGAUACUUUCACUGGUGGAAAAAAUAUAUUGAAAUACCUGUAAAGCCGAUAUAUGAUGAGGAGGGUAGAGAUGCGAUGGUGUUGUUGAAUCACAGAAUUCUGAAAAAUAUAAUGCUAGAACGUACCAAAAAAGAAAGAGUUGCUGAUCUUGCACUUCCAACAAAGACUGUUAGAACGAGGAAAGUUUCUUUGGAUACUGAUGUAUAUAAAACCUACAAGUCAUUGUUCCGUAGAAGUCGAGAACAAUUCUAUAGUGUCCAUGCUGGAACUCUGAUGAAAAACUAUUUUCACAUGUUUGCUACUAUCGUACGCCUACGGCAGGUAGUUGAUCAUCCUUACCUUGUAGCUUGUGGCAAUAAAGAGGCUGGAGAUGUUGAACAAGCAUGUGACUUAUGUCAGGAUGCAGUGGAAGAUCCAGUAGUUACAUCUUGCAGCCACGUAUUUUGCAAGGCAUGUUUGAUAGAUUUUGCUGAAAGUACGGAGAGGAUGGCAUGCCCUUCAUGUACCGAACCCCUUACAUUUGAGUUCACUGUGAAUAAUGAUAAGGGAGAUUCUAAUUCUGAACCUACUGGCAAAGGGUUUAGCUCCUCAAGUAUAUCGAAAAAAAAUCAGCUAAAUGAAUUCAAGACAAGCACUAAAUUAGAAGCUUUGAAGGAAGAAAUUAGCAUCAUGGUUGAAAGGGACGGUUCUGCAAAAGGAGUAGUUUUUAGCCAGUUCACAUCGUUUUUGGAUCUGAUACAACGUUCUCUUAAUCUGUCGGGCGUCAAUUGUGUUCAAUUAGUUGGAUCCAUAUCUAUUACUGCAAGAGAUGCUGCAGUUGACAAAUUCAAUAAGGAUUCAGAUUGCAGGAUACUGCUUAUGAGCUUGAAAGAUGGAGGCAUUGCCCUUGAUGUUAAAGUUGUAUCACAUGUUUUCAUAAUGGAUACUUGGUGGAAUCCUGCGGUGGAGCAGCAAGCCCAAGAUAGAAUCCGUCGAAUAGGGCAACAAAAACCAGUCAAGAUUGUGAGAUUUAUGACUAAGAAUACAAUUGAAGAGAAAAUCUUAGAGUUACAAGAGGAGAAGAAAUUACGUUUUGAAGGGACAGUUGGUGGUUCUUCAAAGGCCUUUGGAAAGCUAAAAGGGAAGGACUUGAAAUCCCUUCUUAAUUGUCACUUUUGA